AAAAAUUUGAAAAUUUUUGAUUUGUUGCGGUGUUUUGAUUUGUAUUUUCAUGUUUAUUUUGUGAUUUUUUGGGGUUCAGAUUGACGGAGAGGAUACCUGAAGUGGAAAUUGGGGGAAUUGUGAUUGAAAUAGGAAUCGGGAACCUUCCUUUGCGGUAAAAUAGGGAGGUAGGGAGAAUCGAGAGAGAUAAGGAGAGAAAUUAGUUUGAUGUACAAUUUGCAUUUGGAUCGUUUGCUCGGCGAUGGCGGCAGCGGGAGCAGCAGCUGUUUUGGCGAGGCGGAGGGAGCGGCCUGUUGAGGAGCUUUUCAAUGCGACGGAGAAAACCUAUGAACCAGUAACAUAUCACACCUGUUUAAGAGAGUUUUACUGCAUGCAAGGGCCUUUGGAUGAUAUAGAUCAAAGUAUCCAGAAGAAUAUAGUACCAAAAACUAUAAAAAGAUUAAUUAGGCAGUACAUGAGUCAAAAGGUUCGUGCAAAAGCAGAAUCUGGAAUCUGCAACGUGUGCUCUGCUCCUUGUUCAUCUUGUAUGCACUUAAGCAUAGCUCAGAUGGGAUCAAAGAGUGUUGAGUUUUCUGAUGAAACUGAUCAUGUUGCUGUUGCAAAUCAGUAUUCUAUCAAUGAGGAUAAAACAGGUGACAGCUUAUACCAUAGCCCCAGCGAGGCAAGUGACUUACUCAAUGUCAAUUCAAGUCACGAUUCCUACUCUGAAAAUUUAGAAAGUAAAGCAGCUGCACGACCAUCUUCCAAAGUUGUUGAAAGCCAUGUUGAUAGUAUAUUAUGUGCUGGUAGAGCCAGUGAUGCUAAUAUAGCUUUCAGUUAUUGUAGCAAGGAUUUAGACUGUAAGAAUUCAUAUCAUAGUUCAGCAACAGUUUGUUGUUUAGGAUGUGGAAAGGUGCCCUCUUCCCAGAAGCUAGACUUGUCAGAACUACCUUCUAUGAAGGAGGUUGAUUCUGGAAGUAGUUCACCUAGGAUCCAAAUUCCAUAUUCACAUUCUGGAAGCAUCAAGAGUUCUGUUGGAGGCGGCAGACCUGAGAUUUCUCCCAAAAUCCAUCCCAAGUUAGAAGCAGAUAUUGAUGACAAUAGUGAGGACCCACUGGAUAAAACUGGGAGAAGUUUGAAGGAAAAUGAGUUAGACGAGUCUGUGAUGUUAUCUGACAAGCGGGAGUCUCCUUUGAAAGCAGCUUCUCUGGAUGAGGGUUAUGAGUCUGAUGUCUCUGAACAUGAUGUUAAGGUAUGUGAUAUCUGUGGGGAUGCAGGACGAGAAGAUUUGCUUGCAAUAUGUAGCAAGUGCACCGAUGGUGCAGAGCACACUUACUGUAUGCGAGAAAUGCUUCGGAAAGUUCCGGAAGGUGAUUGGCUCUGUGAAGAAUGCAAGCUGGCUGAGGAAACUGAAAGCCCGAGACAAGGUUUGAAUGCUGAGGGAAAAAAGGCAAAAAAACUUGGCUCAAGUACACGUAUCUUAGGUAAGAGACAUGUUGAAAAACUAGAGGGUGCUUUGGCUCCAAAAAGGCAGGCUGUUGAAACAAAUAUGGGAUCACCAAAAUCAUUGGGCCCCAACAGAGUAUCUUCCUUGUCUCGAGAGGGUUCAUUUAAGAACUUAGAUAAGGGGAAAGUGAGGCCAUCUCCGCAGAUUUCUGUUGGCAACCAUUCUGGUAAUGAUGUGCCAGAAGCUGUAUCCUCUCCGACUUCUACUCCACAGCUGCGAACACCAAAGAAGAGCUUAAUGAAAUGGAAUUCAUUCAACACUUUAAAUUCCAAACCUAAAGGGAAGCUUGUAGAUGAGGUUGUUCUUCAGAAAUGUAAAAGUGCUAGAGAACAUGCAUCACUUGAUAGCAAGGAGGAACCUGCUAGACAGAUGGGAAAAUCAACGUCAUUUAAAUCUGGUAACUCUGGACGGUUAAAUGCUGGGGAAUCAAAUUUUAAAUUGCUAUCAUCUAAAUAUCCUCAUGUUCAAGAUCUGAAAGGUUUAAAGCAAGUCAAAGAGCGGAUGUCAUUAGAAAGGAAAAAGAUCUCGAAAUUGGAUCAAUCUAGUCCUACCAUUGUGACACCUAAGGUUGAUCAGAAACAGACACCUCGUGCUGAUGUAACUUCUCAUUCAUCUGCAAUCAACCACCGGGAAACGAAGGCAGUUCAGUCUGAUGGAAGACCAAAUACUUUAUCAAGAUCAACUAGCAGUCUAGCUCGUAAAGGUGUUGGAAAUGCAGUUUCUUCUGCUGUUUCAUCCACCAAUGGACGCAUUUCUUCUGAACAGAAGUUAAACCAUGUGAGUCUGAAGGAGGAAACCUCAUCAAGUUCUUCACAGGUGUUUGAGAGACAGCCUAGUAACGUUAAUGGAAUUGUGUCGGAUGGCCUUACUCAGACAAUAGAUUCAACAAACCAGAGCGAGAAAUCAAGGGAGAGUGCUGUUAGUCAAUCCUCUAAAAGAGUUCCAUGUCUAAAAUGCAAAGAGAUGGGUGAUGCAGCUGAAUGUUGUUCAAUCUGUCUGGCUUCUGGUGCUGAUCAGUCUGCUUCUAGAACUUCUAUAGAGGAGACAAAUAAAGGCAAUAAGCUAAAAGCUGCAAUUGAGGCAGCUAUGCGUUUGAAGCCUGUAAUAUGUGAAAGAACUUCUCAAGAUCUAUCAUCAGUUUGCAGUAAGGCAAAGAUUUCUGUUGAAGAUACGUAUGAACCUCAAGCACAUCUUUGCAAUCAGGCUUCCACUGGUAAUAUGAAGCUGCUUAAUUCACAUUCCACUGAUGCUGUCUAUGUAGUUUCUUCUGUUGGCAAUCUUUCAAUCAGAGAUUUCCGUGCCCCUCCUUUAGCCACAAUAUCUGCUGUCUCAAUGAUGUCAGCCAUCCCAGAACAUGAGUACAUCUGGCAGGGUGGUUUUGAUGUGAAUAAGCAUGGAAAACCUCCUGAGUUUUCUGAUGGUAUUCAAGCCCACAUCUCAACUCUUGCAUCACCUAAAGUGCUGGAUGUUGUCAAGACAUUUCCCCGCAAAGUUUCAUUGACUGAAGUGCCUCGCUUGAGCACUUGGCCGGCACAGUUUCAUAACGGUAGUCCUAAAGAAGAUAAUAUUGCUUUAUACUUCUUUGCCAAGGACCUUGAAAGUUAUGAGAAGAACUACAAGAUGCUUUUGGAUAACAUGGUCAAGAAUGAUCUUGCCCUCAAAGGAAAUUUUGGAGGUGUUGAGCUUUUGAUAUUUCCCUCCAAUCAGCUUCCUGAACAUUGCCAGAGGUGGAAUAACUUAUUGUUCCUCUGGGGUGUUUUCAAGGGAAGGAAGGCAAACCGUUCAAAUUCCUCAAAGAGUGUGUGCAAUUCUGAUGCAAGUACGGUAGCUUUGGAGAGACAAAUAUAUACUGAUAGUCCACAGCCGGUGGUUAAUGGAUCGGCUACUUGUGACAGUUCGUGCAAUGUGACCACUGCUGUUGAAAAGACAUGUAUCUGUACAGAUAGUGUCAGUGAUAAUAAGGCUUCUUCUUUUGAGCAGACAUAUGGUGGUAUAAAAGCAAAAUUGAAGGACCAAGAGAGCAAAGUUGACCCCAAAUUCUUGUCUAGAAUUGCAACAAGCAGCACAGAGGAAGAGAGCAAAUUUCCUGACUGUGGAUCUGACCCCGAUCUUACACCUUGCCUUCAAGCUACCGAAACCAAUACUGGUUCUUUCGAAGUUGAGGAGGGGGAAAUGCAUAUGGCAGAAGGUUAUCCAUCUCUAAAAGAUCGCCCUCCUGGAAAACCAAAGGUAGUUGUUGAGGAGAAGGUUGAUGGGAAUUGUGUCAAAGUCGAGGAUUCAAAGGAUAACGGGUGUGCUGAUCUGAAGACUUCUUUAAAUACAGAUUUCGACUGCUGGCAAUAUUACCCAUCUCUAAAAGAUCGAUCUACUGGAAAACAAGUUGCGGUUGUUGAGGAGAAGCUUGACAGGGAUUCUGUUAAAAUUAGUGAUUCAAAGGAUGGUUGUGCUGAUGGGAAGACUUCAUCAACUAUAGAUCGCGGGUCUUGGCAAUUGAAUCAUCGGAAACGCCCAUACAUCGAUCUCACAGAACCAGUUUCUGAAGUUUCUACCGUUACAUGUCAAAAAAUGCCAUGGAGUGAGGCAACACGAAUUCCUGUAGAUAGGGGGAAUGAUAAUAAAAAGCUGAAGAUGGGUUUCAGCAAAAUAUACCAAUAUAGCAGUGCUAGAGAUCAAGUUCCUUUUAGUGAUAGUUUAGCAUCAAAUAGACAAAAUCCAGGUUCUCUCUCUUCAUUAGAAGAGAGGAGAUGUGACUUUGCCUGUCAAGAAAAGUUAAUCCCCGAAGAUCUGGGGAACAGUGAAAGUUUCUUCUUGCCCAUGGAUUCACGCCUUGCCGGUGAACACCGAGUUCAUGACGUCUCUCCCAAUCUUGAACUUGCUUUGGGGGCCGAGACGAGUCCACCAAACAAGGGAAUCCUGCCUUUCUUUGUUGGAGCAAUAGACGAAAGUGACAACCAGAACAAACUGCAUAAUAAGGUAACCAGCAAGCAAGAGGAGGAGGAUGUAUCUGCCCCCCUCUCCCUCUCCCUAUCCCUCUCCCUUUCUUUCCCUUUCCAGGAGAAGGAACGGGAUGCGAAACCCGUCCCUAAACCAGAGCAGCAGUUGCCCGAAAGGCAUCCUGUGAAUACUUCGCUGCUACUAUUUCGGGGCUUCCCGGAAAAAUAGGCUUAUGGUGAGGUUCUUAGGAUUUUGUGUGCUGCAUGAAUGUGGUGAAAAUGUAGACUAUGGUCUUGCAUUGGGGUUUGUAGGAGAAUUCAAAUUCCCAUCUGUUCAUAACCCAUACAGAACUUAGCAAUCAACUUCUCAUACUGUUGUUUUUUGGUUUCCUUUUCUCGACUGCAUAGACAGACGGCUGUUUGUAUAUAAAGAUAUCGAAAGCCGGCUUACUUCGGAAUAUCGACAAAAAAUUUGCAAACCAAUGCUUUGAUCA